ACUUAAAAGAACAAAAGGAUGAUGCAAAUCGUUAAUGAAUUAAGAGCACUUAUAGUAGGAAUUAUCAAUAAAAGAAUGAGGAUGGUUGAGGUUGGAGAAACACAUGAUGACUUAUUAAGUAUACUAUUGACAUCCAAUUUACAAGAAAUUCAACAACAUGGACAUAAGAAAUUUGGUAUGAGUAUUGAUGAGGUGAUUGCAGAGUGUAAACUAUUCUAUUUUGCUGGGCAAGAGACUACUUCAACUUUACUUGUAUGGACAAUGAUUUUAUUGUGCAAAUAUCCUAUUUGGCAAGAAAGAGCUAGAGAAGAAGUUCUACAAGUGUUUGGAAGUGAUGAACUUGAUUAUGGCAAGUUGAAUCAACUAAAAGUAGUGACUAUGAUCUUUAAUGAGGUCUUAAGGUUGUACCCAUCAGCAUAUGUGAUUAAUCGAAUGGUUAACACAGAAAAGAAGUUAGGGAAUUUGUGCUUACCUUCUGGGGUGCAACUCAUAUUACCAACAAUUUUGUUGCAUCAUGAUACUGAAAUAUGGGGAGAUGAUGCAAUGGAGUUUAAUCCAGAGAGAUUUAGUGAAGGAAUAUCAAAAGCAACAAAAGGACAAGUUGUGUUUUUUCCAUUUAGUUAGGGUCCAAGAAUAUGCAUUGGCCAAGACUUUGCUAUGUUAGAGGCAAAAAUGGGAAUGGCCAUGUUUCUCAAACACUAUGCAUUUGAACUUUCUCCAUCUUACGCUCAUGCUCCUCAUCCACUAUUGCUUCAACCUCAAUAUGAUGAUCAAUUAAUCAUGUACAAGUUGUAGAAGUAGUCAUGUAUUGUUUUUUGAGGCAUGCUAUGUUUAUUGU